GGAGGAUGGCGACGAGGAGCAAGAUGGCGAAGCGAUGGAGUACGACGACGUGGGACGGCGACGACAAGACCGGAGGACAAACGGUUGGUGGAGUGAGGUUUGUGUUUUUGCGGAGUAUCCAAAAAAUCUGUGAUAUAUAUAUAUAUAUAUAUGAUACCAACGUAUUAUAUAAGGGCACUAUGGGGAUUGAAAAAGAGAGAGGAUGGAAACUUAAAUGUUCAAAUUGACCAGGAUGGAAACAUAAGUUGGUAAGAGAUUGAGGAUGAAUAUUUAAGUCUCUCUAUUAACUUUCUCGAAACAAGCCACGUUUUAGUUGGGCUAACGACAAAUGAUCAUAGAAUAUUGGGUGCCUUUCUAUUCAUCAUCCAUUAGCUCAGCAAUCAAACAGAGGAUGUGGUUACAUCACAGUAGCUUUAGUAGAGAAUUUGUUGGCAUUGGGUGAUGCGAUGCGAGGUUUUUGUCCGUUGAGAAAAAAAGGGACGUUCUUUAUGUAAAGUACGGUUUGAGAUUCCGAUAAUAAGUUGGGUUCUUUUCACCACUGCCCAAUUCCUUGAGCUGUUUAUUUGGUUUCUCAUGUGAUCUAUUUGUCAUAAUGUCAUGUAUGGUGGGACCAAUAGAUUCUUAUGCUCGCAUUGUGGUAUUCUGUAUCGACUUCGUCACGGAAUUAGGCACAAAUAGCUUGUUCUAGAAUACAGUCUUGCUACCAAUAUGUCGAGCAAUUACUUGUUUUUUCGCAGCGUGGAUCGUUCUUUUUUGUUCUUUUUGGUCUUUUGGGGGUAUGGUUAAAUGUUUUGAUGUGAUGUGUGAGGGGAAAAAUUAAAAUAAAGAAAAGAAUCCACUUUGUUGAUGACUUUCACUAUCAUGUUGUUUAAAUAACUCCACUUAAUGUGCACUCAAUCUCGUAUAAAAUCAAAUGGAGAAUGUUGUUUAGCUAUGCGUAUUGGUUAACGCAAUGUGGGCUUGCUGGAAUACAGCUUAUGCCUUCUUUGACGACCGUCAACCAUCAAUUCUAUCCAGAGUAAAUCACCUUCUCCAACUACAGGUUCAUUUUUGAACCCUCAAUACAUGUAUUGUUCCGGUGGCAUCCGUGGUUCCUCAUUUAUUGCAAAUUGCUCCAAUGGUGAUACUGCUGAUGGAAGAAAAUUUGGAGCUUUUGAGUUUAGACCCCAAACUAGAUCUGAUUCUGUUUCUGGACUACAAUCAGUGGCACCUAUGAUCUCUGCAGGUAUGAACCACCAGAAAAGUGAACAAUAUGAAUGUGCUCAGGCUCAAUCCCAGUCUCAAUUAUUUGCAUCAUUCCAUAAUGCCAAAAGUGAGAUGGCAUCUUCCUCGAAAGAGAUGAAUCUACCUGCACCUGUUCCUAUGUUUGCUUCAAGAGCUUCUGUACCUGCUAAGGUUGAUUGUGAUGAAUUCAGCGAGGGCAAUACUGAGGUUCAAAAAUCUCAACCUGAGCAAAAAGAUAUUGGGCCUUCUGUCACUGCUGAAAAGUCAUCUGAUGAUGGAUAUAACUGGCGGAAAUACGGGCAGAAACUUGUGAAAGGAAGUGAAUUUCCACGAAGCUAUUACAAAUGCACGAAUCCUAACUGUGAGGUCAAGAAGAUUUUUGAACGCUCUCAUGAGGGACAAAUAACAGAGAUUGUGUACAGGGGCACACACGAUCAUCCUAAACCUCAGCCUUCCCGUCGAGUUAGUGCUGGUUCUAUUCUUUCCAUCCAAGAGAAAAAUGAUACGGUUCCAUCUUUGACCACUCAAGAAGACAAAUCUGCCAUAAAUGCCCAGAUAUCUCAGAACACUGACCCAAAUGGCAAUGACGAGCUAUCUCCUCUUGGAACAAAUGAUGAUAGUGUAGAGGGUGCAGUUCCUCAGUUGAACGGAACUAAUGAUGGUGAUGAAGAUGAUCCUUUCUCAAAGCGGAGGAAGCUAGACAAUGGUGCUAUAGAUGUCAUGCUUUUUAAGCCCAUUCGCGAACCACGUGUUGUGGUUCAAACAAUGAGUGAAGUUGAUAUACUGGAUGAUGGGUAUCGAUGGCGUAAAUAUGGGCAGAAAGUGGUGAGAGGCAAUCCUAAUCCGAGGAGUUAUUACAAGUGCACAAAUGCUGGAUGCCAAGUUAGGAAACAUGUGGAAAGGGCAUCCCACGAUCCAAAAGCUGUUAUAACUACAUACGAGGGAAAACACAAUCAUGAUGUACCGACUGCAAAGGCUAGUACCCAUGAAAUGGCAGGACCUGCAACUGUGAAUGGAACAUCAAGGGUUAGAUCGCAAGAGAGCGAUUCGAUCAGUCUUGGUCUUGGAGUUGGGAUUAGCUCUGUCGCUGAAAACAGAUCCAAUGAAACGCAACAAAUACUGGAUGCUGAACGCCUGCAAAACCAAGGCAACAGUGUCAGCUCCAGUUUUUCGUUUGUUCCAGUGAAUCUGGUUUCCUCAUACUAUGAUGCUGUAAAUGGUGGUGGAUACGGUGGAUCUAGAGAGACUCCGCCUUUAAACCAUUCUUCUAACCCGUAUCAACAAAAUAUAGAACGGAUACUUUUGGACCCAUAAAUAAUUGUUUCUUAAAGUGAAGGCAGAAUAAUAUGGAAUGCAGUGAUUUUCUCUCCCCUUGGUAAGGGGCAAAUAUCAACUCUCUACUGCUACUCUGUUGUAUCGUUAAUCUGCUACAUUUAUCUUCUUUUUAUGCCCAAGUGCUGUUUGUACCCCCUCCUCUAUGUAGGGAUAUCCUCGUUUUCCUGUAAUCAUUGUCGAAUAGCUUUUAAUCCACUAGAUAUUACUGAUGGAUGGAGAUGACGGGUGGGUCUUCUGACAGUCAUUCCAGCAAUACUGAUCAGGACUUCCCUUCGCUCGGUCUUUUUGGUUAGCUUUGUUUU